UUCUCACUUCCUCUCUGAUUCUCCGCUGUCACUAAUUUCAAGCCGUGAAGAUAAUCUCGGCUUCCUGGGCCAGCUCGUGCGAGCACUGCUCGUCUACGCGAGGCGUUUAACGUGGCCGAUCCUUGGACAUGGUGAGGGGGCAUGUUGGUGUGCCAGCGGUUGCUGAUCGCAGCCGCGAUCGCGGUCUCGGUCGAAGCCUCUGCGGCGUCCGCUAGUUUCCAGGAGAGUUCCGGUUUCUCGGGUUACCCGGGACACUCGCUCAUCUCUACUACAACCUCACCGCCAUCCUCGUCCUUGGGUACGAUAACAGGAUGUAAGCUGUCGGAGUUUCUUUGCGGUACCGGGGAGUGCGUGGCUCAGGAUAAAUUUUGCGAUGGCGAGGACGACUGCGAGGACAAGUCGGACGAGCCGAGAUAUUGCUCCCCGUGCAAUAGAACGCUGUACGGCGACGUUGGGAGGACUUACGAGGUGGAGGUACGCCGUCCACGGGAAGAUCGAUUGCCAUUCUUAUGUCAUCUCAAUUUUACGGCUGCUGGUGCUGAUCUGGGUGACUUGGUCCAGCUUACCUUUGACACCUUUACCGUCGGUCGAUUCCUCUCGUUCACCUCCGAAGGAUGUCCCGAUGGAUUUAUGAGCAUACGGGAGGAGGGACGCCCGCCCACAGGAGGUCAGUGGUGCGGCAGUGCUUGGGGAUACACCGUCUAUUACAGCGAGACACAUUCCAUCAACCUGACCUUGUUCCUGUCGCGGCUCUCCGAGCAGGGUGUUGGCUACAACUUCGACUUCAAGCUCUCGUACAAGUUCCUGAGAAGAAGCGAAGCUCACCUCAGAUACGGGAACAGCAGCAUGACGACCUGGCGCGGUGAAUUGGUUAACGGCACCUACUGCGACAGGGUCCUCACCAGGUGCGACGCUCGCGCUUGUCGGCUACAGUCGCCCAACUACCCUGGAGUUUAUCCACGCAACGUAACCUGCUACUACCGGGUGGAGCAACUUCGAGCACCUCCAGGGCACCGUGCUCUACUGGCAGUCAGUCAACGGAAUAGUCACAAGAUCCAUAUAAAAGAUCAGGUUGUCAAGUAUGACAGGAGUCAAAGGAUUUUACGAGUAUGGGAUCAGUGUAACGUCGUCCAGGACUACCUGACUGUCUAUGACGGAGGCUCGACCACCGACAGAGUCCUGGUGCGCUUGUGCGGCGGCGAUGCUGUCCCGGAUAUCGUUAGUAGUCACAACACGAUGUUAUUGGAGUUUCACACCUCGCCAUUCGACAAUCCAUUUCAUCCGGUUCCGCUCUCGUUCCUACCGGGCUUUGAAUUAGAGGUCCAGGUGAUAUUCGUUGACGAGAAGUCAAGAACCUUCGUCAAGGAGAACGACAACUGUCACUUCCAUAUAUCCAGCUAUGAGAGCUCGUCUGGAUUAUUAGAAAAUCCUAAGCAUUCCUUGCCGCCUAAUACGACCUGUCGUUAUCACUUCCAAGGGAAACCUAAUGAAAUUGUUUGGAUAUCGUUCGUCAAGUACUAUGCGGCUACUUCCGAUCCUGCUGCGAGUCUUGACGUCAUUUCCGACUGCAACGCUAAGCUGCUCAUAUGGGACGGGGACCAUUAUUCGAACAAGCCAACUAGGAAGAAUGUCACGCUGAUGGGACAAUUUUGUAAGGAUGACAUUCCUCAUCUUUGUGAUCAUAGUCUUCUACGCAACAGCAGCCGUCACACUCGACCUUGCAGCCUCGCAGAGAGUUACGUCUCAACCGGAAGGGAUCUUACCCUGGAGCACGUUCUUCGUCAAGGAAGUGCACUCUAUCCAAUAAGUUUCGUACUGCGAUAUGAAUUCGUUCACGAGUCCAUGUCGUGUAACCAGAUAUUUACUUCGUCGUCCAAUUCAACAUCCUCAUCUUCGUCGUCCUCUUCUUCCGCGAGAUCUGGUAAAUUUACCUCGCCGAAGAGUGUCUUCUUUUACGGUCGUGGUGGUUCUCAAAAUCUGAGCUGUGUUUAUCGAUUUGAAGCUGAGCCUGAUCAGAGGGUAGAAUUGUCGAUCGUAUCGGCCUCCUUUGGCGACAGGGAGUGCACCUCGUACAUGGAUCCUCUGGUGAAUCGUUGGGCGUGUGGCUAUCACUCCCCAGAAAAAAAAGAGAUCCUAGCAGACCUGGUGAUUUCCGAAUAUCCCUGGAGAGGAGUAGAACUCCGAAGGGAUUGCUUUUGCUCGAAUAUCACAGAUAGAAUUAUUAUAAGGACUUUGACCUCGAGCAUUGUCGAGUUACGGUUCGCAGUCGCGCGUAUGAAUGUCACCCAGGACUACAGGAACUUCUUCUUCGAAGGAGAGUAUCGCUUUGUGACCGGAAGCGAAGCUGGGGAUCAAGCGUGCUCUACCAGACUAGAAGACCGUAAACUUCACGGCACCAGUGGAGAAAUAUCCCUGAGGAGUCCACUUCCACGCGUGCUACCGGAUGUAGCUGCAGUCGAAGAAGUCAUGAUGAACACCGAAGAUCUCACGGCCACCCAAUGCGUCAACGAACCCUGGUUAAUAGAGCCUCAAGAUCCACGUAUGAAUUUCCUCUACCUACGUACCAGCGGCUACGGGAUAAACGUGGAGAACGUAGCAGAGUGUAGCACCUUGAACAGGAUCAUCGUCUACUCGGCGGGUAAUACCAAGGAGAGAAGUGUUAUAUGUCCCGAGGGAAAUUCGGAUACCACCAAAAGCGUGGAUUUCUUCUCUGUCGGAUGGAAUUACACAGAUUUCAAUGGGACCAUCCCGAUGCUCCAAAACUCUAGAAGCUUCGUCGUCGAGUUCCUGCAGCGUGAACCAGGAUUCUAUGCCGUCACUUGGAUGGCCAUAUCGAAGGGCUCCCCGAAAACGAGUGUCAGCUCCAGUUCCUUCUCCGUGACACCUAACGAAGAUUGUAUUUACAGGUGUCCAGAGAUUCAAGCAUGCAUAAGUUCAGUGCUCUGGUGCGACGGCGUGCGUCACUGUCCUUCUGGAUUCGACGAGGAAGAAGCAAACUGUUCGUACAGGUUCGGGGUGACUUUAUUAUACGUCGCAGUGGGUGCUGGUGCUCUUGGUAUAUUUCUGAUCUUGUUAUUGGCAACCGGCUGCCUAAAGUACUGCCUCUAUCGUCACAAGGCACGUAAGAAGAAGAAAAACGUGGCGAUAAACGUGAAUCAUCUCCAUGUUAAUCACACCCAUCACAACAACGGUCUUACCGGAAGUCGACUGGGCGGACGAUACAAUCUCGCCACGCCUCAGGAGAUGUACCUGGAGAAUUAUGGGAAGGAUAGUAUUUGUUGACAAUACGCCAUCGCCAAUAUCGAAACUACCGUGUGAAUAGCCAUGAUUUUUUAUAAUCUCACCCGGGCGCCUCCUCCACUUCUACCCAAGAUCAAAGUUAAACCAGUCUGAUUGUCAAAGAUGCAGGACAACCAUAGUAUUGCGAAAAUCAAUCAAAUCACAAGCAGACAGUCUGCGUUUCCUUGGUAUAAUGAAUCCACUCGUAAUUAUCCCAAAAACGUAGUACAGGGUCAAGAUCUACGUGAAAAAAAAAAUAUAAAAAUUCAUUAGUAACGGCCAUCUUGGAUAAGCAGCAACUGGUUGACUGUCUAGCCCAGGUGACUGGUGACUGGUCAAAUGAUUGGAUGACUGCUUGGCUCACGUAUCGCAGGGCAACAAGUAAAACGGGAAGGUAAAGGUUGGGCGAAACACAUAGAAGAAGAGAUAGAACGCUCAAACAAUUACAUAACGACCAACGUUAAUCCUUAAUCAGACAGCAUAGAGUCCGGCGUGUUGAUUCUCGUUGCUCCAAUCAAUUUUGUAACAGUCCCCGUAGCUACUCGUACACUGAAAAUCAAGAGAAACCCGCACAGUUGUAUUUAUGUAGUUAAAAACAGAGUUAACGAUAACGAAGAUAAAAACAAAACGGUCACUUUGAGAGAAGAGUAACGAGACACAUGAGGAAACGCAUAAAUUCUCUAGUAACAUUGAACAAAAACAUUAAACAUUAGACACUAUACACCAUAUACAUUCUAGUAUAACGUACCCAGGUAUACAUAGGUAUAUAUAAAUAUAUACAAAUAUAUAUAUACAUAUAUCUAGGUUUGAUAUUCGUGUGGGAGGCUUCACUGGGAAGUAGCGAUCGAUGUAUAGUAAUUAACCAUUAAAAUGAAUGAUAUAGGAAAAUAAUUAACCUAAAAAAAAAGAAAAAGCCGCACCGUAUGGGUAACGCGUAACAUCUGUAUGCUGUGAUAGAAGUAAGCGUAUCAACAAUCCGAUUUAUUAACGAGAAGACUCUUAAUCGGCCCUUCCUUUCGCGAAAAUGUGCAACACAAAUGAAUACGAAUAGGAAGAAUAACGUCUAUACGUCGAAUAUCGAUUAACGAUAUAUCGAUAUUCAAGAUGGCGGCGAUAAUCGCGAGUGCCUCUGCUAGCCAUUAUGUCGUCUGCUCUUCUCGUGGUCGUUGAAUUUCUUUGAAAGUUUACAAGGUGAAAUUGUAGUAAAUAACAGUGUCCAAACUAAGUGAACCCGCGAUUAAGCAUAAUGAAGGAUAAAGAUACGAAUUGCUAUAUGAAGUACGUAUGGGAUUUACGUAUUUACGUAUACACAUGUAAUGAGGUAAGGGUCGUGGAAUAUGUAGAGAAAUUGCAAAGAAAAAUGUAUGAACGAAUGACAGCGACGUAAAACACACGCGUAUCUAUUUGAAUCAAAGAGGCCUUGAUUCAACGACGUUUCUAUGCGAGUAUUAAAGUGACACGCCCAAGUUACACGAAUGUAUUGUAAUCCCUUGUUUAUAAUUUUAAUAAAACGAUUCACCGCGCUCAAACACA